UUGCACGUUUAUUAAUUCUAAGCUCUCACCUGAUGGAAAGGAUCAAACGUUCCAGCGCAAGAGUCAGAGGCAGGAGAAUGAACAACAGGAUGCUGCUAAAUCCAGAGCAUCCAUCGUUUGAGCUCGAAUGGGCGCUGGCCAAUAUCACGACGACGUUCUUCAAAUGCACAAGAUGGCAGGUAGAGGAGACGACAGACCCCGUCACUUGCCCUUACCAUUACUUCUGCGACAGCACUUACCAGGGAAACUAUCCUCCAGCAGUCGAUCUCUCGGUUCUUCUCCUCUCAGCAGCCUCCUAUCUAAUAGCUGCAUGUCUUGCCAUGGUGGAGGUCAGAAGAUACAUCAUGGGCAGAGAACCCAACCAACCACAACCAGUAAGAAGAUACUGGGUACCCUCUGGGCCCAUCAUCCUUCCCCUCAUCCUCCUCUGCUUGGCAAAAGGGCAUAGAAUCAACACCAUCUUACCCUUUUAUUAUGCUGCUCCUCCUCUUCUUCAGCUCAUACAUGUAUCUGCCCUUGCAUUUGACAAUCCACCUGCAGCAUCUGUCAAGUCCGUCUUCCUCGAGGUAUCAACCAUUUCCGGUAUCCUGCAUGGUAGCCUGUAUGUGGACUCUCUUAUCUUGCCCUACUACACUGGAUUGGAGGCCCUGGUUUCAUCAACAUUUUCUGGCGAAUGCACCUCAUGUGUGUGCCGUAAACAAGUUCUGACAAUUGGUGGGACAUACCUUCCAUAUCGAGGAUGGUCUGCUACGAUGAUAUCAAUCGCAGGCAUUUUGUGUUCCAGGCUUGUGUUUGGUGUAUACCGGAACACAGGCAAGGUCGCUACUGCGAUUAUGCUGAUGCUGGAGGGUUUAGCCUGGAUGUUGUCAAUAAAAGACAAUGCCCGUCUCAUUGUUAACUCCACGCAAGGCCAUCUAGCAGAAAGAGUUGCCUGUGGAAGCAUCUGUGGAUUGACAUGCCUGCUACUCUUAAAGAGGUUUGCCAAUCUACUGGCCGGCACAAAGCAUUCUUCGGAAAUGAAAUUAGAAACAGGCCUGCCCCUCACCCACCUAGACUAUGAUAAGAGGUGAUGUUUAUCA